CCCCAAAAGUUGUCAGCAGUAGUAGAUAUACAUCUAUGAACUUAAAAAUUAAUAUAAAAUCAGAACAGAUUUAACUGAUGUUGAUAAAGAGUGCUUGUACUGGAAUGGAUGUGUAGUGUGACUGUGCGUGACUUCAGAUUAUUAUUUAAUUGUCAGCAUUUCAUAUACAUUGGUCACCCCUCACUGUCUUUGGAAUCAGUUAAAAAUAUAACUGAAUACCUUAUGUAGAGAUUCAUUACAAUUGUGUGUAUAUAUAUAUAUAUGUAUAUGUGUGUGUGUGUGUGUGUGUGUGUGUGUGUGUGUGUGUGUGUAUGUUUAUAAAGGAAUAAGUAAAUAAGAAUAUAAGAUAAACAUAAGAGAAUAUGAGUGAAUAGUAAUUCUAUAAUUUAUGAUGUUGAAUUUGGGGUCAGAUACAACAGAGGCAGGAAGUGUGGCUGCAGGAUGUGUCUGUUUCCUCUGUUUCCUCUGCUCAAAACAAAACAUCACUGUACAGUAACAAUAACAUUAUCCAUGGUUAUCUUUUUUAUUCACUACAUCACAUAUGCAAGCCAGCAAAACCAAAAUCUUGACAUUGUGUGCAUGGUUCACGAUACAUGGGCACAUAUUGAGAUAAUGAUUUAUAUAUAUGUGUAAUUCAGAUAUAUCUCAAUUGUAUGUCCCAGAAGGCAAACAGUCUGGCAUCUGCUGACUCUGAGUUGGCACAGUGCGAAGCCGAGGUGGCCACUAUGCUUCACAUUAUAGCUGAGCUCAACGUGAAGAUGGGUGCCCUGGACCUGAAAGACAAUGAGGCCCAGGGGCAAGCCUGCACAUCCAUUUCAGAGGUGAAAUCCAGGCCACUGGCAACACAGAGCAGUACAGUGGUGGAUGCUGGCACAGCCUCUGUGGGGUCAGAAAAGAUGCAAGGCUGGCGGGAAUCUGAAGUGCACUUACCAUGUCCAACCACAGGGGGAAGUGAAGAGCUUUGGCCAAAGCUCCAGCAGGUUCUGUCCACUCUGGAGUACUCCGCCAGGAAGGGGAGAAUGUUGGUUGGUCAGCACCUUCACAAUGAUGGAAAAACCCAGACAGAGCAUAUUACUGCUGCACGUGAAACCUGGGUUCAGGCAACACAAGUAUUGGAGGAAAUGGAGAGGGAGUUUGGGAUCUCCUACCCAUCUGCAUUACCUUCUGAAGAUCGUCAGCGAUAUCAAAGAGAUAUCCUCUCCUUUGAUAAACUCAACCAAGACCUCCGUACCAGACUCCAGAAUCGGCAGGAGGAACAGAUGAGCGCAGAGAGAGCCAUUUUGGAUCUCGAGGAGGAGAAGAAAAGACUUCGAGAAAAGCUGAUCGACCUCAGGCGAACAUGGCUGACCGGGGCCAGUGGUUCCCCUCCCAGAAGUCCACCCCUGCCCUGUAGCAGGACCUCGAGCCCCUGCUGGGCUUCUCCUCCAUUCCCCGCAUCUCCUCUGCUCUCACGCCGGCUGCCUUGCCGGCCCCCUGCCUCCCUCUCCCAGCUGGUCGGCUCUCCCCCGGGCAGCUCUGUUUUAGAGGCUGAGACGGAACGCCUCCAGAGGUGCCUGGAGAGGCUGAAGGUGAGGAAUGAAUGCCUGGCGCUGGCCCUUGAGAGGCGGAAGGGUGAGCUAGAGCAGGUCAGCAUGGCUCUCAGCCGGCACGAGGCCGAUUGCUCCGCGCUACACAUGGCCCUGGCAUACUGCGAAGAGUGUGAAGAGGCCUAUGGUGAUCUAUUGUCCCUGUUUGAAGCCAGGAAAGAACAGAAUGCUGUGCUGGCAGAGCCAUCUACACCACAGCAGGCUGACUUUUUGAUUGCUAUUCACGGAGUGUCAUACUGUACACCAGAGGACGCUAUGAUGGCCAAGCCGAACAGUUUGUCUCCAGAGGACUUUGAAGAUAAGACAGGAGUUCUUCAGCAAAGAAUUGCCCGACUGAAGCAAGACAGGGCAGCAGUGUGUAUUCCAGAGCAGACCAGAACCGGGGAAGGGAAGCUAAGCCCUGAUACAGGCACUUUGGCAGAGGCCAGGAGGCAUGGCAGUCCCCCCUUAAGCAACAGCAAAGGAGAGAAAGCUGCCUUGCUACAUGAGCUAGUGACUGUCAGGGAGGAAAUGUCCGAGUUGAGAGGGCUCAUCCGACUUAAGGAGAAGGAGAGGCGCUGUUUGGAGCACUCCCUGACUGUGCACCAGUGUCAGGACUUGGCUGGAGCUGUGAUAACCAAGAGCUUGCAAGAAGAGCUAGAGGACCGUAGAGCGGAGCAGCAGAGGAUGGAUGAGAAUCGGGCCAAGUUGGAGAGUGGAGGGGGAAUUCCAGGGCCCCGGAAUCAUGCCAUCAUAAGAGAACUGCGAGCAGCCCUACAAAGGGAGGAGACACUGAAGAGGAGAGUGACAUCUUUACGAGAUUCUCUGGAUGCAACCCUCUUAGAUUACACCACUCAGAGGACAAUUAGCAAGGAGGAAGUGGCUCGCCUCUCUCUCUGUCACAACAAAGCCAUGAGUGCAUACAGGAGUGCUCGUAAGAAACAACAGGAGCAGUUGUGGAAAUUUGAGCGGCAAAUAACGGCUAUGGCAGAGCGUCAUGUCGCGCAAGCGGCCGAACUCAAAACAACGCUGGAGGCGCUGGAGUGGAAAAAGGAGGAGACCAUCCUCUGAAAGUCUACAAUAACAGACCUGUCCACAGACCUAUCCACAAAUACAGAUUUUAAAGACCUAGGUAAAAUUACACUGAAAAAAUGUUAUCAUACUUAAUGUCAUUAAAAAAAGAAAUUUGAAGAAGGGACAUUAGAUGAGGAGAUAUUGAGGUUUUUUUUUUGUUUUUUUUUACACCUAUUAGCCUUUAUAAAAGGUUUUAAAGUGCUUUUAUGUUUUAUUUAUAUUAUUAUUAUUAUAAUUAUUAUUAUUGUGUGUAUGUAUGUGUGUAUGUGUGUGUG